AUGUUUUUAUGUUUUUUUGUUAUUCAUGUUUUUAUUCUGUGUAAUGUUGUCUUAUCAAAAUUAAAUUUUCAGAAUGAACAACUAGCAGCAGCCUUUUUCGAAUCUCAUAAGGACUACCUUGUAACCAAGGGGGAUAUAGUUGAUGGGAUAGAAAAGUGUUGGUUUAACAUUACAGAUUAUUUAAUAAACGAGUCUAUAAAACAAGAAAAGGAUUUCAGCAAUGAUGUUAAAACUGCAGUAAAUUCAAUGAAACAGAAACUAGAUCAACUAUUAACGGUUUCCUACUCCAUUAAAAAAAUAGACACAGUGAAUGCAUCUUUUCAAUGGGCCCAGUCACCAGAAUAUAUUUUUCUGAACAUAAAAUUUUCACACAGAUGGAGUUCACCAGGUGCUCUAAAAGUGAAAGAUGAGGAAGUCAUUUCCAGAAAAAAUAUCUUUACUUUUUCGGCCCUUAGUAACGACUCCAAUUCGAUAACAAAGAAAUAUAUUGUUGAUCUUACCCUCCUUCAUAACAUAAUUGAAUCGGAAACCAAGUACAACUUUGCAUCUGUUGGUAAAGUUGUCUUUACAUUAAAAAAAGAAAAAAAAGAAAUUUGGGAUAGACUACUACUGUCAAAGGAAAAAAAUCCAAAUAUGCAGGUCUGGUGGGAUAUGAAGGAAAAGUACCAAGAUAGUAUUCAAGAUUUUUUAAAAGAAGAAGAAAAAAAAAGAAAAGAGGAAAAAGAUAAAGGUAAAAAAGAUAGCGAAAAAGAUGAAGAAAAGGAAAAAACAAGUGCAAAUGCAAAUAACGAAAAGGUAACUACAACCGAAAGUAAAAAUGACUUACAAGAAAAUGAGAACUUGAAAAACGGAGAUGUGGGAAACGAAGAAUACAAUCACAUGCACAGCGAAUAUGAUAAGGAGAAAAGCAUAGGUGAUGAUAUCCCAUCAAACGAAAAUAACAACAAUCGUAGUAACAGUAGCAGUGAUGACAAUAAUAGUAAUACUAAUGAACGGGCAAAAGAUGAAAAAGGAGAAAACUACGAAGAAUUAUAA